AUGUCAAGUUUAAGAUCAAGCUCCCAAUAUGCAAGCAGUUCAAGCAGCAAACCAGGAAUAGGUGUUGCAAAGGAUGAGCCUCUAAAGCCACCAGUGAUUGAUUACAUUGAUAUGCCAAAAGCUCUCUAUGAAUCUGCCAAAGAAGUUUGUGAAAGUGCAGUGAGACAAUUAAAGAAAGGGGAAAAGAAACAUUUUUACAAAUGUGCCAAGCAGAUUAAGAAGAUUUUAGAAGAGAGGAAUAGAGGUUCUUAUCAUGUAAUUAUAGGAAAAGACUUUGGAAGCUUUUUCAGCUAUGAAGCAGGGAAUUGUGUGCAGCUCUGGGUUAAUGAUAUUUGCUUCUUGAUAUUCAAGCAUGGAUAA